AUGGCCCGUAAGGACGCCACGAAUGCAUCCUGUUGUAAUAGAGGCGGGAGUUUUUACCCUGAUGCGGACGAUGGAAAUCAUCGAUAUUUUGGAGUCAGUGACCGGAAUAAGCUCGACAGAAUCGACGAUAGCUAUUACACUGGGCCAUUCACAGCACAUUUGGCUACUGGAACGGAUUUCCAAUUCGGGAUAGUGAGACGGCUCCCCCUACCUUUGGUCGACCAUUCAUUUUAUUUGAAAACUCUCUACGGUGCGAAUGGUAUAUCAUGGCCUGUCACAAUAUCACUCUCAUUCCCGACUGUCACCGAGAACAAAGCAUCUUGCAUAUUGCCAGCGCACAAGCGCUACUCCGGGGACGGGUUGUACGGAAAGAUGGAGUCGUUUCCCCAUACCGACGGACCGAGGACGACAACGAUGAGAUACUAUGGUCUGGCAUCGCUCCUAUUUGUCCUAUACGGUGUCCCUGUCCACCUUCGUUGCCUUCUCGUAGCAGACAUGGAAAAUCUCAACCUCGACGAUAAAAUGAAUACAUGUCCAGUCCUACUUGAUUCGAGACUGUUCGACGGAACCAACCUGCCAUUUAGACUUGAAUACCCUAACCCAGGGCUUUCCAUAAGGCGAGAUCAAGGCUCGUCAAAUUCCAAAUACUUAGGAGGAGAAAGCGAUUUCGAGUUGUCGAUAUACCUUACCGCCACACCCGUCUUCUCCGAAUACAAAACCCGGGAUAGUAAAUGGAAGAGACGGGAAGCCACAUGCUCCGUUGGGGUGUCCUUCGACCUUCAGCCUGCGUUUAACCAAGUAUUCGCCUUUAACGCGCUAGCCGGUUGUGAUCAGAUUCAGAGAGCGCUGAUGCUCGGAAAGAUUGCAUUAAUGGAACUUCGACGAUUCAACGAUCUUUGUGGAGUCAUCUUUGACCAUUCGAAAAUCGCAAUUCGGGGCAACUUUCAAUAUUUCCACCUCCUUAACAAAGUCAUGAAGCGAAAAAAAAGCCUUAAAAUUGGGAAUAUUGAAUACUGGGAUGAUAUCUAUGAUGAACUGGCUCUGCACCUAGACGGUCAGUCUAUGAAAUUCAUGGGGAUUGAUCUUGAGGAUUUAGUACAAUACCGAGAGUGGAUAUCACUACUGGACCAAAUUGACGGCAGUGCACAUGUUGUCAAUCUUGGGAGUAGUCCUCUAGGCACAGCAAUACCGAUAUUCUGUACAAAGCCAUCAUUGCUUCAUGUAUACUCAUCGGAAGAUGAAGCUUCAGCUCGCGUCAUGUUCAGAACAUUUCUGAUCGAGAACUGCUCUUCUCAAAAUCUCGAACGGACGGAGUACGAAGUUAGAGAAGCAAGAUUGCCUUGUCAACAUUUUCUGCCCCCGGGUUUUGCUUUGAGCUAA